CUUUCUCUCUCUCUCUCUCUGUGUGUGUGUGUGUGUGUGAGAGAGAGAGAGAGAGAGAAGAGAGAGAGAAAGGGUUGCAGACUCAGUGAUGCUUAGUUUUCUUAAGAGAAGUCGUCAAAGUUGCCCCUAAGCAGGUGUCAUCUUCAACCACCCUUCCCCCACCUUCCAGAUUUCGCUGGAUGAACCUUUGGCACUAACUUGAUAGCUGAGAUCACUCCGACAGGCAGAAAAGAAUAGCACUAUACUGAAGAGAAAUCCUUAUGGAAGUUGGACCUGCCUCGAAAUCCCUCAUGAAGGAAGAGUGGGUUUAUGUCUGUAGAUGCGCCACUGGUUAUGGGGGUUCUAUGCCUGCAUGCUCCUUGCUUCUCUCCUGGCUGGAGGAGAGUGUGGGGAGCCCGCUGGCAAGCUAGGGGUGAAGGUGAGAGUAGGGACCAUAUUUGCACCUAAGGAUGAGUGUGAGAGCCCUUUACACAAGGACAGUGUGGGAUCAAUGGCCUCUAAAUUAGGAUAAAAGAUAACCCCACAUUGCAUUAGAAUCCAACAACGAGGAAUUAGGAUUUAUUAAGGUCUCUCACCCACCUCCCUUUCGCAGGCAAGAAUAAAGAUAUUGACAGGUCUGGAGAGUUGUCGACACUGACCCUACUGCUUGUUGAUGUUAAAGGUCGAGGUGAUAUGCAAGCACAGGUUUACAAAGAUGUACACUUGCUGGAGCUCAGAAGGUUUCUGGAAAAGGGGUCAGUGAAAACAUUCUUGUAAUCCUACUCUUUCUGAGUUUGUGUUCCCUUCCCAAAAACCAUAUAAAGUAUUAAGCCUGUCACACCAUGGGCUGUUAUGUAAGCAAACGCAGAUGACAGAGGUGUGGGUUUGGGAGGGUGUGUUUUAUUUAUGGGGGCAGAUGUGUGAAUCAUUGGGAUCCCCACAGACAUCGCCUGGCCUGGAGGCCACAGUCACUAGGGCAUGUGCUCUGUGUCUAAGUGUUGACUUCUGAUGACUCCUAAAACGCCUUCCUGGUGAGGUUGUUGCUUCUGCGUUGCUCGCAUGCAUUUUGUUCGCUGUGCGCUGAGGGAGUUCCCCACCUGAGUUGUUCUCUUAGUUACUCACACAGAUCAGGUCCAAAUUGAUCUUUCUUUUUAUACUUUGGUUUCUAAAAAUAGACAGAUGAUGGGGAGGGGGUAGCUCUAGGGAUGUAUGCUAGGACACUGACAGUUCUACUUCCUAGUUAUGAUGGCCUGUCUGGCCCUUGGGGGAACAGGGACUACAUUCAGCCUAAUUUAGGAGCAGGGAGUUGGAAGGGGGUGGUGAUUACGUGAAGCACAGUGUGGGCUGCUCCUGGCUCAUUGGUAUUCAUCAGAGUCCUCAUUGGGUAGGAAUACAAAGCCAGAGUUUGCAAGGGAAAUCAUUUCAGCUUGCCUCUUGGCAGGGGUCAUUCUCUGAGCCUCUUUUUUCAAAAUGUAUGUUGUGUGGGGUUUUGGCUUCCUGAGUUGCAUGCUCACACAUGCACAUGUAAGUGUGUACACACACAAGCAUAGACAUGGACACAGAUGCAGCAUGUUUCUAUAGAAGAAGAACAACAUUGCGUCUGCUUGACAAUCCAUACAUAGAAGUGGAUUCUACUUCAUGAACAUCAUUUCCUUUUAAAUAAAGCUUUACAGUCUCCAAUUCCUGCAUCAGUGUCACCUCAGGUGGCUGGUUAAAAGUGCUCACCACCCUAGACUUACAGAGUCAAACUGUCUGUGGGUGGGAAUUCUUAACAGGCUCCUCAGGCGGUGUUUAUGCAGACUAAUAUCUGGGGUUUGCCACCCUAUUUUGCCCCCAAGACUAAACAAUUGAUCUUUGAACUCAUAAACCCUCCCCAGCCAAAGCAGGCCAGUCAGUCUCAAAGUCAGAGGAAAAGAUGGUGAAAAGGAGAUGCUUCCAUCUGGAGCAUAUUUGUCCCUGGGUAACAGGAAAGUGUGUCCAUUUUGAUUACUGUUACUUAUUUGUUUUGGAGUCAUGGUGAGUGGCCUGCCCACUCAUCAUGGCGGCCAUUGGUGCUGGACUCCUGCAGCUGGGCUGGCUGUUUUACUGUGGGAUGGACAAAGGGUGUGUAAAAAACGAGCAACUUUGUCAGGAACUGAGGGUGGGCUCCUCAGUGAGGACCACACCACCUCGCUUUUGGGGGCACCUGAGGACGCUGUCUGGUGGGAGCUUAUGGAGAGAAGGCAGGAAGACACACAGAAUGGAGUCUGAGUGAAAGGGCUCAGUUAGGGUAUGGAGCAUGGCUGCUUGUGUAAGGGGGAUCAUUUGAGGUGGAGGAGUGGAGAUUUGCAGGUAGACAAAAAAUAUCUUUUGAAGAACAUGGAUAUUUUUGGAAUGAAACUUGACAGGCAAAAAGAAGGGGGCUUUGGGAGAGAGGGUGUGUGUGUGUGUGUGUGUGUGUGUGUGUGUGUGUAGGGGGUCUCAUCUGCUCCUUCUGUUGCUAAGGAACAUAUAAGCUAGGGUUUAAAAAUAAAUGAGGAGUGGGUGGGCAUAUGCAGUGACUCCUGUCUUUUUAGGAACCAGAGCCCUUUACAAAAAGCCUUUAAAUAACCAUUUCUGGAGGCAGAUUAUUCAUUUUGCUUGACUUUUACUUUGUUAAGUAAAAUAAACUCCUUUCUAUACUCCUAGAUUUCCCCUCAUUAUCUUUUCUUUGUUGGCUUUUUUUGAGAACCAUUUUUCCCAUGAGAAUUUUUUCCUUUAUUUCAGAAUCUGCACCCCCAGAGCAAAUAGUUUCUGUCGACUGUAAAGCUGAAGGUUUGAAAAGGCAGUGCAAGUGAGCUGGAAAGCAAUCUCCCGGGCAGGCCUCCAGCAUCUGGCUCCUGCACAUCCCCUCAGCCUUCCUGUGGCAAAUGGUCCAGCCAAGGAGCCCAGAGCGACUUUGGACUGGAGUGAGAAUGCCGUGAAUGGAGAACACCUGUGGCUGGAGACCAAUGUCUCGGGAGACCUAUGCUACCUUGGAGAGGAGAACUGCCAAGUCAGAUUUGCAAAAUCAGCUCUCAGGAGGAAGUGUGCAGUCUGUAAAAUCGUCGUCCACACCGCCUGCAUUGAGCAGCUAGAAAAGAUUAAUUUCAGAUGUAAACCAACAUUUCGAGAAGGAGGCUCAAGGUCACCAAGAGAAAAUUUUGUACGUCAUCACUGGGUGCACAGGCGUCGGCAGGAGGGGAAAUGUAAGCAGUGUGGUAAGGGCUUCCAGCAAAAGUUCUCCUUCCACAGUAAAGAGAUUGUGGCUAUCAGCUGUUCCUGGUGCAAGCAGGCGUUUCACAAUAAGGUGACCUGCUUCAUGCUGCAUCACAUUGAAGAACCCUGCUCCCUGGGGGCUCAUGCUGCUGUUAUUGUCCCACCCACUUGGAUCAUUAAGGUGAAGAAACCUCAGAACUCACUGAAGGCUUCAAAUCGGAAGAAGAAGAGAACAAGCUUUAAAAGAAAAGCCAGUAAAAGAGGGAUGGAACAGGAAAACAAAGGUCGUCCUUUUGUGAUAAAACCCAUCUCUUCUCCUCUCAUGAAACCUUUGCUUGUAUUUGUGAAUCCCAAGAGUGGAGGCAACCAGGGAACCAAAGUUCUGCAGAUGUUCAUGUGGUACCUGAAUCCACGGCAAGUCUUUGAUCUUUCUCAGGAAGGGCCAAAAGAUGCGCUUGAAUUGUAUAGGAAAGUACCAAAUCUGCGAAUUCUGGCCUGUGGUGGGGAUGGAACGGUGGGCUGGAUCCUUUCUAUCCUGGAUGAACUACAGCUGAGCCCUCAGCCUCCUGUGGGGGUCCUUCCUCUGGGGACUGGGAAUGACCUGGCUCGAACUCUCAACUGGGGAGGGGGCUACACUGAUGAGCCUGUUUCUAAGAUCCUGUGCCAAGUGGAAGAUGGGACAAUUGUACAGCUAGAUCGCUGGAACCUCCAUGUGGAAAGAAACCCCGACUUGCCUCCAGAAGAACUUGAAGAUGGCGUAUAUAAGCUCCCUCUGAAUGUUUUCAAUAACUACUUCAGCCUUGGAUUUGAUGCUCAUGUCACACUGGAGUUCCAUGAAUCCAGAGAAGCAAAUCCAGAGAAAUUCAACAGUCGUUUUCGAAAUAAAAUGUUCUAUGCAGGGGCAGCUUUUUCUGACUUCCUACAGAGAAGUUCUAGAGAUCUGUCCAAACAUGUUAAAGUUGUUUGUGAUGGAACAGAUCUCACCCCAAAGAUUCAGGAACUGAAGUUCCAGUGUAUAGUAUUUUUAAAUAUACCCAGAUAUUGUGCUGGCACAAUGCCCUGGGGAAACCCAGGAGAUCACCACGAUUUCGAACCUCAGCGUCAUGAUGAUGGUUAUAUUGAAGUCAUUGGAUUUACCAUGGCCUCUUUGGCAGCCCUGCAAGUUGGGGGCCAUGGAGAGAGGCUACACCAGUGUCGAGAAGUCAUGCUUCUAACUUACAAAUCCAUCCCCAUGCAAGUGGAUGGGGAGCCCUGUAGGUUGGCCCCAGCUAUGAUUCGGAUCUCCCUGAGGAAUCAGGCCAACAUGGUACAGAAGAGCAAGAGGAGAACAUCCAUGCCUUUACUUAAUGAUCCCCAGUCUGUCCCAGAUCGUCUGAGGAUCCGGGUGAACAAAAUCAGUUUGCAAGACUAUGAAGGAUUCCACUAUGACAAGGAGAAACUCCGGGAAGCUUCGAUACCUCUGGGGAUUCUCGUUGUGCGUGGAGACUGUGAUUUGGAGACUUGCCGUAUGUACAUAGACCGCCUACAGGAGGACCUACAGUCAGUUUCUUCUGGCUCCCAGAGAGUUCAUUACCAGGACCAUGAAACCUCCUUCCCCAGGGCUCUCUCAGCACAGAGGCUCUCCCCUCGGUGGUGCUUCCUAGAUGCAACUUCUGCUGAUCGCUUUUAUCGAAUAGACAGAUCUCAGGAACAUUUGCACUUUGUGAUGGAGAUUUCCCAAGAUGAGAUUUUUAUUCUGGACCCAGAUAUGGUGGUGUCACAGCCAGCGGGGACACCUCCGGGCAUGCCUGACCUGGUGGUGGAGCAAGCCUCGGGGAUCUCAGACUGGUGGAAUCCUGCCCUGCGGAAACGCAUGCUGAGUGACAGUGGGCUGGGGAUGAUAGCUCCCUAUUAUGAGGACUCAGAUCUGAAAGAUCUCAGCCACUCCCGCGUGCUACAGUCACCAGUCUCUUCAGAAGAUCAUGCAAUUUUGCAGGCGGUAAUAGCUGGUGAUCUUAUGAAGCUAAUAGAAAGCUAUAAAAAUGGAGGCAGUCUGCUAAUUCAGGGACCAGACCACUGUUCACUCCUUCACUACGCAGCUAAAACCGGCAACGGGGAGAUUGUGAAAUAUAUCCUUGACCACGGACCUUCCGAGUUAUUGGAUAUGGCAGACAGUGAAACGGGUGAGACUGCACUGCACAAGGCUGCCUGCCAGCGGAACCGGGCUGUGUGCCAGCUUCUGGUGGAUGCAGGAGCAUCUCUGAGAAAGACGGACUCCAAGGGUAAGACACCUCAAGAGAGAGCACAGCAGGCUGGGGACCCAGACUUGGCUGCUUACCUAGAAAGCCGUCAGAACUAUAAGGUCAUUGGCCAUGAGGACCUGGAAACUGCUGUUUGACCCUGGUAUUCAGGCAAAGAGAACGUGAGCAAGCGUAUCACAUCUGCCCUCCCUGCGAUCGGGCAGCUCCCCUGGAAGAAGCUGAUGGAAUUCAUAUAUCUGUCUCUCUCCUGCAAGAAUCUACCUGAGACCAUGCCACUAGUUUUUAAGGGCUACCAAGAUGUACAACAGAACAUGAUAGCCCAUUGAGAAGGAGGCAGGAUACCUGGAGAUUUGUGGAAUACAGUACAAGUUCCACAAAAUUUGAUCCUUAUUGCUUCCAGCAAGUAGCAUGAACUUCUGUGUUCACCUGUAUAAUUUAUUUUAAAGAUUCAAAGGAUGUUCGUAUAAACGGCACUGCUCCAUCCUCCUCCAUGCAUUGAUUUUUUUUCCCUGUACCAUACAAUUCUACUGUAACUACCCAUUAACUUUAAAAAAUAUAUAUUAUCUCUUCUCUUUACAUUCAGUCUUGGAAGACCACAAGAUUGUCUGAAGGCCUUCUAAAACCCUCUGAAUGUCCUGCAGAAAUAUAACUGUAAAACCACUUCCAUUUCCAAGACUAAAUAUAUCAAGACUAUUUAGUGACUCUCUCUGCAUGUCCCCACCACCCCCCAACCCUCCGUUUCACUAUAUAGGAGCUGGGAAGUGCCACAUGGAUAAUGUCAACUUGUGUGCUGUAUUUCUGAGGAAUGGUGAGGUGGCAUGGGAGAUGUCUGUGCUUGGAGGUACCUCAGAGAGGUAACCCAGGGGUCAGCCCAGGCUGCUGGGCUGUAGCCAAUAGCCAUGCAGGACUGGUUCAGCUUGGGCUGUCUGUACAGCUCCGUACUGCCUAUGUGUAGCCAUCUUUGCCUUUUGCUGCAAUAGAAGAUGAGCAAAGGAUUAAACAGAGGCCCACAGCUAGUUUGCAGAACCACUCAAUUUUAAGUGCUGUUUAAAUUGCAGAGGAGAUAUUCAUGUGUGGGAACUGUGGUUACAGGAAAUGGAGCACUCUAACAAUGUUUACUUCUAAACUUUGUUGAGCGAUAAUAGAAAGCACCCUAAUUGACUUGAAAAAAACAAAAGCAAAAGCAAAAGUAGUAACAUAUGUCAACAUAUGUCACUGAAGUAGAAAACAGUCAUUGGGAUGUUGCACAAAGGCUAAUAACUAUAGACUGUUGGAUACAGUGGUGAGAGGAGCCCCGUUUUAGGUCUUUCUUUUAGGUUUUUGGUUUUUAUUACUCCAAGUAAUCCUUGACCCAAGGACAAAGGUUUAUUGUAUGAGUUCCACUGCCAGAUUUAUGGGAUGCCCAGAUCAUUCAGAAGGAUGCUUCAACUAUUAUUUGUCAGGUCCAAAGGUCGUACUUGAUAACCCCAUUUUCUAUGCAUGGGGUAGUCUAAUAUAUUAUUUUAUCUACUUUAUUUUCCCCUUUCAGAAAGUCCUUAGUGCAAACUACCAUGGGAAUCUAGCCAGAAAUGUCUGUCGGAUAGUUAGAAUGGUAACAUCUAAACCUGCCACGAACCAAAUGGUACUUACAGGUACCUCUAUUAGGGACUCUGUGAUACCUAAAAUAUCAAAAGAAAAUGUCUGUCUUUCUGUCCGAAUAUCUACUUGACUUGGGGUAAGUCACAAAUAAAAGUGGGCGUCCAAGGAUUUUGCUUUUGGCGAAAUCUGAUGUCUCCUGAGCUUAUUUUCAUUUUGUCCUUGGACACAGCAUAGUGCUUCCCUAAUGUUUCUACAUAUGACCAUGAAUGAUAGUGUCUCUACAUUUAAUUUAAAGGUCUAAUGGUGACAUUUUGCUUAUCUGAGUCACAUUUUGGUAACAUAUCAUCAUUUUGAAAGUACGGCUAUGAUGUGCUAUAUUAAAUAGGAACAGCCUUUCAGUGGAUGGGGAUUUUAUUACCACAGUCUCUCCAUAGUCAUUUCAAAAUCAAUUUGUUGGUGGGAGGAUGGAUUAGGUUGUGAGUAAUCUACUUCCAUAUAUCAGCCUCAGAAAUGGAACUAUCCUUUGGAUGUUACAGGAGACACUGCAGCAGAUUGUUUCCAGAAGCUGGAAAAAUAUGCUCCAGGAGAAUUUAAUCACUGGGCUUUUGGUGGGGGAUUUUUAGUUGGUGGGACUGUCAAGGAAAUGUGAUGACAGAAAUAUAAUCCUUAAAGCAAACUGGAAUCUGGCUUUGAAUGGCAUCUUCCAUUCCCUGGAUUGGGCCAAAUGUUUGGCCAGUCAGUUAUCUAGCUGUUACUGCUGGGAUGAAGAACUCUGUUUUCAUCAACUACUGUCUCACAUUUCUCUGUAAAUACUUCCAAGUAGCCCAGAGAAAAUUUAGGGUACAGGUGGCUAUGGGCCAAUUUCUAAAUAGCUCCUAUUGAAGACAUAAAUCUGCGGUAUGGAAAAUGAUGAGUUAGUACUAUAAGAUUCCUGAUGAAUUUGGAAAUUGUUUCAAACCAAAAAAAAAAAAAAAAAAAAGAAAGGCGUUAGAGUCCUGUGUUAUUCAUGGAGACCAAUAUUUGAUAUAUCGCUUUGAAAAAAGCAAGUACCACUAGGACUUGGGAUUUCCAAAUUAAAGUGAGCAGAAUAACCACACGUUUAAUGGCUUCAACAUUAAACCACCUCCUGUAGCAUGUUUUAAAAAUUGGUCCUGGGCUUUAAAGAGAGCUAAGGCCUUAUGGUCUAGGAUUUUCCAUCUCAGCUUAAGUAUACUGUAUCCCUACUAAUAGGCUAUCAGGAAGUAGAAAAGUAAGUGAUCUAGUCCUGGUCUGAAGAGCCACAUAACUUUAACAGAGAUAAAAAUAUGCACCUAUAGAAAUAUCAUUUCUACAAAGCCUACUGAGACAGCACUGAAGAGGCAGCUAGCUUGGCUGACUCCUCUGUGUUUGUUUCUUUGUGUCAUGGCACUGACUGCUUCGAGAUUCCAUUUUUAGAGGAGGUUGAUAGAGGAAUGGAAAAUGAAGAGUUAUUAAAAGACAACAUUCUAUAACCUGAAAGGUAAUCAUUUUUGCAAGCUUAUAUUUUAAUAUUGUGCAUUUAACAAAAUAGAACACAGUCAUAUUCAAGGACUUCUUAAAGAAUAAGAGAGAAGAUUAGUAAGCCAAGAAUGAAAUAAAUACCAUGACAGGAAUUUUGCUUUCAGAGUUUAUGUUUCCUCUGUAGAUGUGAUAACCAAAGACCAAUGCAAAUUUUGAAAUAGAAUUUAGCUGGCAAAUGGACAGUGAUGGAAAUUAGUAAUGACUGAUGGAAAGCCGUACAUACCUGUUGCUCCAUAUCCUUUCAGAAUGGCCACUUUGGCAGAUCUACCUGCGCUAGGAGCUCCUCAACAUCAUUUCAUUUUCGUUUGGACCUCGUGAGAGUCCCUUUGCCUAACAAAUUUCUGAAAUUUAUUUAUUUACUAGAACCCUCAUAAUAUUCAUGACUUAAAAAACAUAACACAGCAUCUUUAUUUUUAUUACAUGUCAAUUUUAUUAAUAAUAUUUAGGGGUUUUUUAGUUGUAAAAAUGGCACGUGCUUUUUAUAAAAUGUUUUAAUACCACAGAUGAGUAUCACAUCCACCGUCAAGGCAUCCCUUUGUUCUGGUGUUGUGCCCCACUUCCCAAAAAUAAAUGCUGAUGAAUACUGUUGCUUGUACGUGAUGUCAGAAAUACUCCAUCCAUUCAUACACAAGCAUGUAUGUAUAUACGUGUAUACAUUUACACACAUAUGUAGACAUUUAUUUAUAUACACAUACAAGUAUGUAUACUAUAUUCAUGUAUAUUGCAUAGGUUUAGAAAAGAGCAAACAUUUUAAAAGCAUGCUGAUCAUUUGUAUAUGUGUAGUGAACACCAACAGGCAAAGACAGGUUAAACAGAAAAUUUCCAUUUUUUUUUUUUUUUUUUUUUUUGUUUCUACCAUUGCUAGGCUUAGAUCUGUCUUGGCAUUACUACAAUUGCACUUGUCAUUUUCUAUUACCUGUGUCAUAAAAUUCAUGACCAAGAGUUCCUGUAAUUGUUUAUGUUGGCUUCCUUGAAGCAUAAAACCUACCAUAGCCCCAAGACUUAUCUAUGCUACGUUUGGAUUUCAAGUAAAGGAGAGUUCUUUCCUCUGUGAUGCUUACACCACUUUACAAGGCUGUUUGUAACACUAACACUCAGUAGGUUGCCUAAUGAUAUUUAAUUAGGGCAGGCUACUGCCAGGAAGGUGUAGUAACUUCAGUGUAGCAUGGGGUCUGAGCAGCUUGUCUUCCUUCCAGAAGGAGUAGCUAAUGAAAUCACUGAGAACAGCAUGAUAUUUUAUUCAAUGAUGCUAUUUAAAAAUGGGACUUUGUUAAAAGGGCUCAUCAUAACCAUCAAAUAAAACUACUAAUUGCUCUAUUUAAAUGAAUUAUGUUCAUUUUAGGAAAAGAAGCAGAAAAACAUCUAAUAAAUUAGCCUUCUGAUUAAUCUUUAACACUUAUUUAAUAUAAAAUGGCUUCUGCCUGCAUCUUCAUUGAACCACCUUUGAAUCUCUCAACUCCUUUCACUCUGAAUCUCAUACUCAGCUGAUUAGAAGUCCUACAGGCCCUUCUCUGCCAGAUCUCUCAGAUCAACUUGGACCCUACCCUUUUCUGUGUCCCAGUCAUCCUUCAUCUCUUAUCCCUCUAAGUUUUGGGCCAUAGCAACAGUCCUGCCCCUGGACUUUCUGCCUACUACUGUCAAUAAUUUUGUCACACAGCUGCAAAAAUCUUCCCCAGAUAUUAUGCUCAAAAUAGAUAAAAAUGAAAUUACCCUCUGGGACAAGUAUACCUUUACUUAAAGGACACAUACAUGUCCACUGACCUUGAUCAUCUUAUAGAAUUACAGCAAGCAUGAUUCUGAAAAUCUAUCAGGUUUAGCAAAUAUCUGUCUUAGUCACAUGAGGGUACACAAUCAUGGCUGCUGCGUCCACAUUCAACAAUGUAAGCCACAUGCCUCUUUGACGGCACUUGGAGGACUAGGUUGUAUAUUUUACACUUCUGAGGGCUAUCUGUGGAUUUUACACUGUCUUCUCACAGCUUAAUGAGAAACCUGAAAAUAAGAACCAAGAAAAGAGUCAUGCCCUUGGACAACCUGCUCUCCCAGGACACUGAGAUUUACUGACCAGGUCCCAGAAAGAAAGCAGAAAAAAAUAAUUCUUAGGCUCUUGUAGCAUAGAUUUUAAAGUAGAAAUGUGAAAAUUGGUAUCUUCAUAAUGCAUAGACUCCAGAGUCUAUUUACUUUUGUAUUCAGUUAUGCAUGUAAUCAUAUGUCCAUGAAUCAGUCAUACGUGCAUGUAUUUAAUCAUUAUUUGAAAAAUCUUUGUCACUCUGAUGCAGGCAUCAUACUAAGGAUAUAACAAUGAAUGCAAUAGACAAAACUCUGGAUUUCAUGAAGCUGGCAUCUAGAAGAAAAGACAAAUUCCCAUGUGAUAAGUGCAGUGCAGGAGAACCCCAGGGUGUCCAGCAUGGGCUGGAAAUUCAACCAAGGCUUUAUUGUACCAGCCACUCAUUAGCCAGCAAUGAUUUUGUUCAAUGAAAACAUAAGUAGGAAGAUAAUAAUAUUUUGCAUUUCCAUUUUAUUGGAGUCAUAGUAGAUUUCUAAAAAUGUAUCUGAAACUAAGAUUUUAAACAAGACUUAGAAACACUAUUAAAAUGAAAGCUAAGACUCAUUUAUUCUAGCUUUCAGGAUAGAACUAGGAAAAAUAAGCAGUUUUCACUGGGUUUUGACUAAAUAUAAAGAAGAUGAAGUAUAAAUAAUAUGUAAUAGUGGAGUGGAUAUCACAGUGUUGUAAACUUUCAGCCUCUGGUAGCAUUUAAACAGAGGAUACCUGACCAUUCUGAGGGCUGUUGUGAUUAGGAAUAUGUGAUUUGAGAGGGCUGAAAUUAGAUGCUGUGAUUUUUCAAAAGGAAUUUUUUAGUGGCUUUGUUGAAUGCAGGAUUUUAUUUUAAAAACUUAUGAAAAUCUUGAUUUUUGAUUUGUUAAACAUUGCUUUAUAACUGAGAAUUUUUAAAAUAUCCAGGGGAAUGGCAUUAGUUAUCAAUUUUAAAAAUUUUAAGCAUGAAUUUAAGAGCUAGUGAAAAGAAAAUAUACUAAAAGGUGUAAUUUAAUUAAAAAUACUUCUGGAAGUUUAUAAAUUUUGAUCAGUAUUCUUAGUCAUUGUCAAGUAAAAUUCUAUUAGAAAUCUGUCUUACUGUCCAUCCAAUAUAAAAAAAGUGCUGUGGUUUGAUAUUAUAAGAGUUAAGUGUAAUCUAAUAUAAGUACAGAAGAAAAUUCUGCCUGUAAGAUAUUUCGGAGCCAAGUAAAUGUACAUGAAAGGCAAUCAUGGAAAACUCCUUGGCUUCUACCACCAGCGUAGCAGCCACAAGGGAGGUCCCUACCCAUGUAAAUAAGAAAAUAGUGAUCCAAGUUUUCACCCAACUUUUUAAAUUUCAGUAUUUUGAGCCAAAUGCCUUCUGAAAUGGGAGGCUUUGAUAGUGGGAAAUACUGAAAUUAUCUUUUUCCUCAAACCUUUAGUGAAACACACAUAUAGUUUUCACUCUAUAACAGUUUAAACAACUCAAAUCUAUACUGUUUGUUAAGAACAAUUUCAAGAAUUAAAAAGUGCUUUAGCAUUAUGAUGUAUUGACACGUUUGAGAUUCAGUUGGGGUUCAAAACAAUCCCAACUAGGUGAAUAAUGCAGAUAAGACACUUUAGAUGAAUAAACUGAAUCUCAGAGCAGUGAAUUCAGCCUGUGCAGCUUCAUAUAGCAAAUGAUAGUGCUGCAGCCAGAACUGGGUCUUUAGAAAUUACAUAUUAACAUGUUUUCUAAGUAAGUCAUUUUCCAUCAUUGCCUUUAAGGAUGUUUUUUAUCAAUUGUUCAGAUUUCCAUAACAUAGAAGAUGCCUCCAUGAAAAAAAAAAAAUGUUUACCUAAGGUUCCACGGAAAGAAUGAGUUAGAAAUAAGGGAGAAUAUGAAAUCAAAAAGUCAAGUUUUUGCUAUCGGAGAGAGGCUUGUCAGCUUAUACAUAGUUCAAGGAAAGAAAAGUCUAAUGUUUGCAUACCAGGUUGGAUUUCAAGAGAAGAAAUUAACAGUGAGCAUUAAUGGCUUCUUUAAUUUAUUUGUGAUUCUCAACAUUUAAAAAAUGUUAGUCCUAUUUUUCUUCCUUAGAAGUCACUAUUAGGAUGAUAUAAUUUCAGAAUGCUGCAACAAAAAAUGUUGAAGAUGGCCCCGACAUCCAAGACUCUAUUGCUCUAAGUUUAUGGGUGGGUAUGUGAGCUAAGUGUUAUGGUAAUACAUAGUCACAUACAUAGAGGCUUAAUACACCUAUGGAAAAUUCUGGCGUAUUUGAAGUAGAGAAAAACAAACAGGCUUGAAAUGUCCUUCAAUUCAGAAUCUCAUACUUUAAAACGGGCAUUUAUAGGCAGAUUGGUGAAUAUGUAGAAGGAGGAUAUUUGAUCUGGAAAGAAGAUAAAAUUGGAUUAGGAAUAGAAAUAUGUAGAGGAGAUAGGUUAAGUAGGACUGUUAGUUUCAAGUUCUGCAGGGAAGAUGAUUUGUAGAAUAAAAGAACAAUAACACAUGAAAAGGAGUUAGCUGUAUUACUUAUAAGUAUUUAUUUUUCCUAAACAUUGCAUCCAGAAAAACAGAUUGGACUUUCUGGAAAACAGUGAAGUUGUUAUCACUGUUUAUUUUAGUAGUUCAGUGAAGAUUGAACGACUAACUCAAAGAUCAAAAGUAAAUCUUUAAUUGUGAGAGAUCUUGGACUAGAAAAACUCUGUGAGAUUUUCUUGGUUUAAAUGUCUGUAAUUUUCGACUGGAAAAGAACUCAAUUCAAGUCUGUUUUUUUUUUUCCCCAGGGUCCUGUCAAAUACAUAGCAAUGAAGGAAUUUUUUUAAAAAGCUUCCAUCAUUGCCAAUAUAUCCCAAAUCAUUUAGUAGCAGGGAUUUCAUGACCCUAAAAAGUUGCCUUGCUUACACAAACACACUUUGCUUUAGUAGAAACAUAUCUUUUUUAGGAGAUUUGGGAAUUGGCUAACAUUUUUGUCAAUUGUUAGCCAAUUUAGGAGAUUUGGGAACUGGCCAGCAAUUGUUAGCCAGUUCCCAAAUCUCCUAAAAAAGAUAUGUUUCUACUAAAGCAAAAAGGUAACAAAUUCAGGAGUUAAAGUGAAAAACAAAGGAUUUACUGUUCUUUCGCCUACUUACUACCCAUUUGUUGUUUGGGGUGUAGAGUCAGGACUGGAGAACACGGUGGGAAAUUCUAUAUCCUCUACAAAUACAGAGGCAUGGAGGCGCCUUCUAUAACUUUUUGUCAUGAAACAAGACUUAACCCCAUAUCAGUAGACUAAUGUUUCUGUCAUAUUUCUGUUUAGGUGGAUUACAGCUUUAAUUACCCAUCAUCCCUUAAUUCUGUAAUACAGCCUGAGUUCCUAGAUUUCAGGUUGACUGGGUGAGGGAGGAAGUCACUUGAGAUAAUUUUAAGAAACUAGUCCAUAUCCAGAGUCUUGCAGAAAAGACCUGCUUUUGCUCCACCUUCUUUCUUGUUCUACUUCUUGCCUCUGGUUUGGGGGAAUAAAAGAGGUGAGAGUUAUGAGGAAAGGAAAAAAGAUUCUCAAAAGUAGUACAAUAAGAAGACUCUAGUAUUAACACAAAUUCUCAUGGUAAUAUCAAAUAAAUGACUGAUAGUGUUAGCAGAUAUUGAAAAUCAAACUCAGGAAACAUACAGAAAGAUUAAACUUGUUCAAAGUGGCUUGAACGGGUAUUGUGAAAAUUUCAGUUUAUGCAGCAUGGAAGAAUUAGAUUAUGUGUGGAACUUGGGGGAAGCAGGGUCAGCUAAUAGAAGAACUUUUUAAUGGAGCUUUCCAAAGGACGAGGUGGUUUUUGGAAGGAGUUUGUCCAACCUCUUAUAAUACGUUACGCCUGUCCACAAACUUGUUCUGGUCCCUGA